AUUAUUGAAAGCGAAUUGCAUUACUAGCAAUAUUUUUCGGCGAAUUUUUUCGCGGAUUCCACGCUGAGAUUGUAAAUUCAAAGCAGUAAAUAUUAUAGAUGAAUAAAAUGCUUUAUGCUUCUAAAUAUUAAAAACAAUUUUCUUACUUUAAUUGCAUAUUUGAACGUAAUUUUACAUAAUUAUAGAUCUUUCCAGUUUCGGGAAAUGAUUAAUCUAAUAUUUAAUGUAACGAUCUUCAUAGCCAUUAUUGCACAAAGAGGUUUUCUAAAUUCCACAAGGGUUUACCCGUUUUAUCAAUACAGUACAAUAUCACUUGGCAACGUGCCUUUGUUACGAACAGUUACGUUUUAAUACAUUUUCGCUGUCUUCAAUCAAAGAAAUUUAUCAUUAUUCUUGAUAAAAUAUUUGAUCGCGUGUUAUUAUAUUUGAUACGUUUUUGAUACGUUGAACAAACGAGAUUAAAGGAUGGAGAAAACAAAGAAAAUGGAAAAAUCAUCGCAUGAUCCUCAUAGAGAAUUUUUGGACAUGGACACGGACGAAGAAGAUUUUGAUCGUCAAGGUUCUUUUUUCAAAAACUCGAUUUUUUGGACUUUUGACGACAUAUCCUUAUAUUUUACUAAUAUUAUAUUCAAUGCAUUAUUCCAGGUGCAAUACGUAAAAGAUCUUACGAUACUUCCUUCGAUUAAGGAUUCCGAUUGGAAGGAGGAUUGUCAUACGGUUAUUCGCGAAUACUUUGAGAACCCAGGUUGCGCAUUAUUGAGUAUAUAUUUUGAGAUGGAUACAUUGAGAGCACGGUUAAGUGUUCCAGAAGACGAUCAAAGUGAAUUUGUGUAUUUCUUGAGGACACCUUGGCACGUGUUUACCGUCGAUAAUUUUCACGCUACAGUCAUCUUCGGCAGCAUCAAUCGUAAUGCGAUGAUGUGCGUGUUGAAAGCGAUGGAAAAUAUGUACGCACCUGCUGCACUCAACAAUGGCGAGUGGCCAGAGAGUAUCCUUCUGUUCAAAAUUAUUAAAUUGCUUGUUUUAAUUAAUAUUAAUUAUGAAGCAAAGCAACAAGAGUAUUGUUUUUUAACGAAAGCAGUUAUCAGGAAUAAUGUGUUCUUCAAUUUGCAUAAUUUUCUAAUGUGUUUAACCGAAUGGGUUUACAAACCAUUGGGUUUGACUAAGCUUUAUGUGCCGCAAGAAGAUUUGCCUGAUAUCGCAACAUCGCCGAGAGACGAAAAGCCGGAUUUAUCCGAGGAAGACGGACAGUAUGUGUCUAAUAAAUUGCGAGAAUCGGAAAAGGCACUGAUAGAUAGAUUUGAAGGGAUUGUACGAUAUUGGAUCAAACAAAUACGGGAAGCAUUAGCGAACACGUCCAAGAGCACAACUGGAGGAAUUAUUUUCGACGAGCUGCAACAUUGGACAGCAAUAUUAUUUGCAGAUUUUGAUCUGUGCUCUUUGCACGAUCAGCUCUCGAGUAAGGAAAUUCAAUCAAUAUUAUGUCUGUUGGAGAACGUUCAUUCGCCGAGCGUGGACUCUUUUCAACAUUUGACGCUACGGCUUCAUGAAGGAUUAGAACAAGCUGCAUCCAAUGUAACAUAUCUGAACGUCUUAUCGGAAGCCUGUAACAAUCUGAAAUGCCCGAAUGAGAUCGAAGAGCCUAUAACGAGAAUAUUGCUCUUGAUAUUGUUUAUCUGGACGGAAUCCCCGUUUUAUAACAUACCGCACAACAUAGAGAUACUUUGUGAGGCCAUAAAUACUGAAAUAGUGCAACAAUGUAAGAACUAUGUGGAAUUACAAGCAAUACUAGAAGGCGAUGCGGAAAAUGGAAUAAAUAUACUUCGGAAAUGUAUCUCCUGUUGUGAAACAUACAGAAUCGUAUACAAUAAAGUCACGAGUAUAACUGCGCGCAUUGGAUCCAAUAGAGAUUGGCAAAUGAACGAACAAUUAAUAUUUAAACGCAUUGACACGUUCACACAAAGAUGUUACGAUGUCAUUGAAAUAUGCAACGCUUUAAUCGUGUUUGGAAGGCGUAAUAAAGUGGAAAUGAUCGGCGGUCCAAAAGGUACUGAACACGAGGAUUAUUGUCGCCGAAUAGAGAAUUUAUUUUACGAGAAUCUUGAAGAAAUCAAACUAGUUCGCGAUAACAUUCUGGACGUUACAAAUUCCACAUGGCUAAAAAACAUGCAGAAGUUUAGAGAUUCCGUGACAGAUUUGGAGAAUAUGGUUGUAAACCUAAUCGAUCGAAUAUUUGAAGAAGUCCAAACGAUCGAGGAGGGUAUCGAGGCUAUUUAUGCUUUGCAACGCUUUAAAUAUAGAGCAUCCUUGCAAGAUACAUUAUCAACAAAAUGGGUACAGGUAUGGAAGAUGUUUGGUAAAGAAAUCGAAAGUUGCAGCAACAGCAUGACUCGGCAUAAUGUGUAUCAUCCAUUGCUUCAACAUCACACGGAAAAUUCAAUUACGUUGUGCAUUAGUAAAUAUUUAGAACGAUUAUACCACAUGAUGAUCGAUGCGUCUGACUGGAUAGGAGAAUGUACAGCCCAAAAGUACAUAUUGGAACAAUAUAAGAAAGUGAAAAGUUCCAUCGAUAAUAAGAUGGAGCAUAAUCCAAACUAA